UAUGGAAUGCCGUGGAAAUCUGUGGAAAUAAUAACGCCUUUUCUACAUAUAGACGACAACAACAUUAAAGCCGACUAUCAUCUAUACAUGUCCCAGAGCUACAGAAAAGACGUACACUCUAAAGUGCUGAGGCCUGGAACAUUGUCUCACUCUAACCAGGUCUACCAGUCGUUGUGUAGAGGUGAGGUUAGGACGGCACGAAAGAUGUCCUUUCUGAGGUGUUAUCUGCGAUCAACAAGAAUUCCAUAUUACCGAGCAAAGGAAGAAGUGAUCAACAAUAUUCCGCGACUAUCCGUUUUCCACGAUGUCCUCUUCGACUCAGAAAUAGAUAUGAUGCACACUGCGACUGCGGGUGCUAUGACAAGGUCGACGGUUUUGGUUCGAAACGAAAGCGUCGUGCGUGGAAGUCGCUUGAGUGUUACGAGCUGGUUGUUUGAUGCAGCAAAAGGAAACGAGGGUUUAUUGAAAAUAAACAGGCGGAUAGGUCUAAUUACAGGACUAGACACCACGUUUAGAUUACAAAAUAGCAGCAUAGAACAGUACCAGAUACAGAAUUAUGGGAUAGGAGGACAGUACACACCUCACUAUGACAAUCUGAAUAUUCCUAUAUGGGAACCUUCGACAACUACUUCCACGACGGAUGAAGUAAAAUACAGUGGGGAUAGGAUGGCCACGUGGAUGUUUUACAUGAGUUCAGUGAAGGCUGGCGGAGCAACAGUAUUCCCGAAACUAAGAGCCAGGGUACCUGUUGUGAAAGGUGGCGCUGCUUUCUGGUACAACAUUCUUCCGAAUGGCGCCAAGGAUGAUAGAAUGCUGCACGCUGGAUGCCCAGUCUUACUAGGAUCUAAAUGGGUUGCUAAUAAAUGGAUUCGCCAGGAAGGGCAAGUUCUUACUAAGUUGUGUGAGAAAACAUUCGAGGGAGAGUUUAAAUAUGACAUUGAUCGACAUUAA